AAGACGUUUCACCAUCUCAACUUGCAAAGUUUGGGCAGAGGCUCUUCUAAACACGGUCGUAAGAAUAGUAUUUAAGAAAAAGAGCGUUGAGUUCCCCCAGGAAGAGUGCAGAAGCGGGGCCUCUUUAAAUCGGUUUUGAAUCAGCUUUUGAUAAAUUCAAGCAAAUACAGCACUGAUCAUGGCUUUCAUUUUUGCAAGGGAGGACAGUUAUUGGUCUUCAUCCCUGUUUGGAGUUACCUGGUUUUCCUUCAGGUUUACUCUCAGGGGAGUUUCCCAACACCAUCACAAUAAGCGACUUGCACCUACUCGUUGGAAUCAUUGGAAAUGCAACUGCUUUCCUUCUAUACACAGCACCAAUGUUAACUUUCAGGGGAGUGAUAGAGAAGAGAAGCACAGAGGAAUUCUCAUGCGUCCCUUACAUAAUCUCGCUCUUUAACUGUCUUCUUUACACUUGGUACGGCUUCCCUGUGGUCAGUGACAAGUGGGAAAACAUCACCUUGCUCACCAUUAAUGGGUUUGGCGUUCUGCUUGAGACUUCCUUCAUAGCUAUCUACUUCUGGUUUGCCCCACGCCAGAAGAAGAGGUUGGUUUCUUUUCUGGUGUUUGCUGUUCUUCUGGUGUUCCUGACAACUGCAUCAAUAUCAGCAUUCUUCAUUCAUGACCACCCCCAUAGAAAAGCACUUGUGGGGAGUGUCGCAGUGGUGGCUUCAGCAACCAUGUACAGUUCUCCAUUGGUGGCUAUUGGUCGGGUUGUUCAGACUCAAAGUGUGGAAUUCAUGCCAUUCUACUUAUCCUUGUUCUCAUUCUUCACAAGUUCUCUGUGGAUGGCAUAUGGGUUCUUGGGCAAUGACCUUUUCAUAGCGUCCCCUAAUUUUGUCGGAGUUCCAAUGGCCUUUCUGCAGCUGGUGGUCUACUAUACUUACAGAAAGAAGAAAGAGAAAGCAAGAGAAUAUGAGGAAGCAGACGUGGAGCAAAAGGUGGCCCUGUUGGUCAAGGAUUAAAAUGUAUCACAUAAGUCAUGGAACAAUUAGUUUUUUGUCUUGAUUUUAAAUAUGAAUAAUCAGGUGAAUAUUGCAACCAAAUCUGGAUCUAUUUGCUUCAGGUUGAAAGCAAAAUGGGAACCCCAAAAAAGGGCAGAAAACUGCAGGUUCUCCUUUCUUCAGAAUUUGCUGAGAAUAAUUAGGCACACAUUGCUCUGUGUGUAUGCUCGACUUUGUGUGUGUGUCAGAGAAAGAGAGAGAAAGGAGGGGGGGGGGCGCUAAAAGGUAGUAGGAAGCAGUAUUCUGACAACCACUACAUAUUUCUUUCUUUCUCUCUUGGAGUUUUGAAAAAAUAACCAAGACUCAAACCAGAUAUGCUGAGAGAAUCUAGACCUUUGAUAAAGUAUCUACAAUGGGCAACAGCAAGUAAAGAAUACCAUGCACAUCCAGAACACAGCCUGAGUUUCCACAAUCCAUUCCCAACAAUGAACAGUAGACUGAGCAUAAUUCCCAAAAAUGGAUAUUCUAGGUACAGUUAAUCUCCACCAUCUGUCCUUGAGAAAGGAUGGUACAUUAUCUGGCUGUGUACCAUAUACCAAACAAAAAUGGGUACAGUAUACUCAAAUUAUAUGACAUUGAUUCAGUAAAUUGGAAGUGGAAACACAUCACAUAAAAUAAAGGCAGCUAAUAUCUGCAUAACUGAGGAAUAUUUUAAUAAUUACUUAACCAAUGGAUGUUUCCAAAGAAUGGGAAAGAAAAUUUUGGACAGCAUGGAUGAGACCUAACAAGCAAAACAUGAAUCUUUUGUUUGCAAGAAAAAUUCUUCAUGGAUUUUAGUGAUGAAUUACUUUCUUCUUCCCUUUUUUGCUUUAAUACAUUUUCUCUCUACCUCUCACAUCUUCAUUCUUGAACAGCUUGUAUGUGCCUACAUUGUCAUUUGUCCAUUAUUUAAGGAUAUUAGUAAAAGAAAAAGUUUAUACAAGGUUGCAACCUUAAAAUGUAGAAUUAAAGAUGCAGCU